GAGAGAGAGAGAGAGAAGACGGUGGACGAGCGCGCGAGCUGGUUGCGGUCCGCGCUCCGCUGUGCCGUGUCGCGGGUUCUCUUCCUCGUCGCCGUCGUCAUCCCGUAUGCGCGUCCCUCGUCGGCGCGUCGCCGUCGGCCAUUGUCCCUGACAUGGAAGCCUACCAAAAUGGCAGAGAUCGUGCAGAUGUUUUUGUUUCUGUAUAAGUCCAAGUACCGUCGGAAACGCCGUCGCGACGCCAACGACGGCGACGGUGACAGCGACGGCGGCGACGGCGGCGACGACGCCGCCGCCACCGCCGCCGCCGUCGUCGUCGCCGCGUGGCGCGAUCGCGAUCGGCGGUGGCGGUGUCGGUGCGGCCAUGGUAGCGGCAACGCGACCGCGACGGUGCCGUGGGCGCCGUUCCUACUGUGGGCGGCGCUCGUCUGCUGGGUGGUCCACGUAAGCGCCGCCACCUCCGCCUCCUCGUCGUCGCCGACGCUGGACGCGGCCUGCGACCCCGACACCUGCGUCAACGGCGACUGUGUCAACGGCACCUGCGUGUGCCGCGAGGGCUGGCAGGGCGCGCACUGCCAAUUCUGCGGCGGAAAAGUCAGAUUAUCAGACAGGAUCGGGAGCAUCCACGACGGCUUCGGCAACUACACGGCGGACGUGAGGUGCUCCUGGCUGAUCGAGAGCAGCCCGAACACGAAGAUACGGAUGCACGUGGAGCAAUUCGCGACGGAAUGCGGCUGGGACCAUCUGUACAUCUACGACGGCGAUAGCGUCGAGGCGCCGCUGCUGGCCGUCUUCUCCGGCCUGAUGCACAAGGACAGCUAUCACAUACGCCGCGUGCCGGAAGUAAUAGCGCGAUCCGGCAGCGCGCUGCUGCACUUUUAUUCCGAUGUCGCGUACAACAUGAGCGGCUUCAACAUUACGUACAAGAUCAACGCCUGUCCGAGCAGGUAUUCCCAUAUCGACUGCUCCGGUCACGGGGUGUGUAUCGAAGGCACGUGUACCUGCGACGCCACGUGGACCGGCGAGGCCUGCGACGCACAGGUGUGCCCGAACAAUUGCUCGUAUCAGCAUCAGCAGGGCGAGUGCGAUCGCGAGAGUCAUCACUGCCGCUGUCUUCACGGCUUUAAAGGUGCGGACUGCAGCCAAAGAGGCGAGCAUGGAUUUUGGGAGAGCGUCACGUACAAGGAUCUACCGCCGGAAGGCUCGGCCAGUCACUGCGCCAUCGUUUGGAAGGAUUCGCUGUACGUGGUCGGCGGCGAGAGCUUCCAUCGUGCCAAGAUGAUAUACGUGUACGAUUAUAACGGCAAUGUUUGGGAGACACCUCACGUCGAAGGCCGGGUGCCGUUACCGCGGUACGCGCACUCGUGCGUGCUGUUCGGCGACAAGAUAUUCCUGUACGGUGGCGUCGUGCAGAACUCCACCGUGAUCAACGAGAUCUGGGCGUUCGACGUGUCCGCCAAGGUCUGGGAGAACGUCACUGUGCACGACGAUUGCCACAACACGACGAUAUGUGGCCCACUGAAGGUAGCGGGACAUACCGCGACUCGGGUGCAGAUUAAAGGCAAGGAGAAGAUGAUUGUGAUAUUCGGCUAUUCGCCGCAAUAUGGUUACUUAAACACCGUCCAGGAGUACUCUUUGGGUACGCGCGAGUGGCAGAUCGUCAAGACGAAGGGCUUUCCAGUGAAGGGCGGUUACGGGCACAGUUCCGCCUACGAUCCCCUCAUGAAAUUCAUUUAUGUGUACGGUGGUUACGUGUCGGAGUCGCAAAGCACGCACGUUCUGACUAGUCGGCUGUACUCGUACCAUCCCGAGAGCCACGAGUGGCGGCUGCUCACGUCGGCGCCGUCGGCGCGCUUCUUUCACACAGCCACUUUUGUCGCGGGUGGACUAAUGUUGGUGUUCGGCGGUAAUAUGCACAACGAUACGCAGCAUUCGCACGGCGCGCGAUGCUACUCGGCCGAUACGCUCGGCUACGAUGUCCUGUGCGACACGUGGCAUCAGUACACCAUGCCCAGGGAUAUGAGCGAUCUUCCGCGAUACGGUCACAGCGCGACCGUCUUCGAGAAGUCGAUGUAUAUCUACGGCGGCUUCGACGGUGAAAUGCUCUCCGACAUGCUGAGGUACACCCCCGGCAAUUGCGAGUAUUUCACGACUCAGAAUCAGUGCCUGAAUGCCAGGAUAGGCGUCAAGUGUUUGUGGAAUAAGGUGGAAGGUCGAUGUAUACACGUCAUGAAGAUACAGUCGAAUGAAAGAUACAUGCUACUCCACCACAAGGAUUACGACGAACUGUAUAUGAAGUGUUUGGGCGUCGGGCCGCCACGCGGCAUGACGUCGCACGGAGAACUCUGUAAGCUCUUCACUGAUUGCGUCGCGUGCGUACAGAACUCGUACAAUUGCGUGUGGUGCGGCAAGAGUUGCUUGCACGAGAUGUGCCGGGACAAUGUGAAUUCGCCGAAUUCGAUCGUCAUCACGGAGCUGGACCAGUGCAACGCCAACACCGGCAUCGAAUGUUUGCAAAUGCAUACGUGCCAUGCUUGCUCCAGCAAUCCGCACUGCAUUUGGUCGUGGUCCAACGGACCCGACCGUUGCAAACCGCAGUCGAAAACUCGGGAGAUGAGUAUUAACGGCGUAUUAAACGGCACGGUGCUCUCGCCGCAACGUUUGACGAUGGACACGUGCCGUAGUCCAUGCGUGGAGUACACGUCGUGUCGGAACUGCACGGAGUCCGACUGUAUCUGGUGUCAGAACGAGGCCAAGUGCGUAGACAAGAACGCGUAUCCGGCCAGUUUUCCAUAUGGACAGUGUCGCGAGUGGACGACAAUAGAUGCUCGGUGCCGCGCCACCGAGACCGGCAGGGACUGGUGCAGCUUUUAUUCGUCGUGCGCCGCUUGCCGAUCGGAUCCCGGUUGCGGCUGGUGCGACGACGGAUCGGGCACGGGGAAAGGUUUGUGCAUGGCCGGUGGAGCUCGUGGCCCCAGCAGCAAAAGCUCAAACACGUGCUUGCUCGUCCAUUGGUACUUCACAAAGUGUCCAACUUGUCAAUGUAAUGGUCACAGUAAGUGUCUUCCAAAUAGUAGCGUAUGCAUCCAGCCAUGCGGAAACUUGACUUAUGGACCACACUGCGAUAAGUGUAUCCCCGGCUAUUACGGCAGUCCACUCAAUGGAGCCACGUGUCAGCCUUGCUCCUGCAACAACCAAGGCACUCAGUGCACGAGCGAGACGGGCAAAUGUUUUUGCACGACUAAAGGCAUUAUCGGAGAUCACUGCGAACGUUGUGACGUAUCUGGUCUCUAUCACGGAGAUCCUACGAAUAAAGGAUCCUGUUUUUAUGACUUGGCUAUUGAUUAUCAAUUUACGUUUAAUCUGAGCAAGAAAGAAGACCGUCAUUAUAGAGCGAUCAAUUUCAAGAAUUCACCACCGAAAGCUGACAUUGACGCCGAGUUCUCUAUCACAUGUUCUGUUCUUGCUAAAAUGAACGUGACUAUCAAGAAAGUAAAUAGUCCGGAAAAACCGUUGCUACUCGGCGCAAAUUGUACGACGAUCAUGUACAAGCACCGUUUCAGCAAGGCGGACUACAAUUUCGGUAGCGAAGAUAACAAUACUCUCACUACGUUCUACGUGUAUGUCUAUGAUUUUCAACCGCCGCUGUGGAUCCAGAUCUCGUUUUCUCAAUACUCCAAACUGAAUCUGCAGCAGUUUUUCAUUACAUUCUGCACGUGCUUCCUUGCGUUGUUACUGGUGGCUGCCAUUCUCUGGAAGAUCAAGCAAAAGUACGACAUGUAUCGACGAAGGCAGAGGCUCUUCUUGGAAAUGGAACAAAUGGCUAGUAGAGCGUUUAGUCAAGUUUUGGUGGAAAUUGAGAGACGUGACAUUGACAGUACAGAUCUAGAGCGCGGUGAUGCUGAUUGUACCAACUGUCGUAAAAAGAAGAAGGAUGCUCCUAGUCCAAUCGCACUGGAGCCUUGUUGUGGCAACAGAGCGGCAGUUCUAUCUCUGCUAGUCAGAUUGCCCACUGGUGGCGAGUUGUAUACGCCAGCCGGACAGAGCGCUGGUCUAGCGGUGGCAUCCGCUUUGGUGACGCUAGGCAGCCCGCGCAGACCGUCUCAGGAACUAACGGCAAAGGAGCCGAAGAAGACACGAAAGUCUGCGAGUCAACAUCCGGAUUCCACUUGCAUUUAGCGGUAAACCGGCGAGAUAUCGCGAUAGGAUGUGACUAAUGAUAAGGAUAAGCCUUAGAGUUGUUUCUGUGAUCUUGCUCGCGCUUGACACGGCAGGACAUUUGUCUCCGAACUCUGACGGAGUGAAGAAGUGCUAGCGAUGAUCGCGCUGAGAUGAAACGAGAAAUGUACAUGAAAAUUUUACUCGUUUAUACGACUGAUCGGUGAAUCGAACAAUUUGGUUAUUUUAUCCGAAGAGUCGGCUGAGCGUGUAAUAGACAUAGAUGUAUGCGCGACUUUCCUUAUCGAGUAGAAGGAAACGCCUUUGACCGAGGAGCGAAUGAACCGCUCCGACCAGUUACGUCCGUUAAUCAUGGUAAGUAAUGUUUUUUUAAGACUUGAGUUGCAUGAGACUCACAUGCACUGAAAGGGACGUGAUUGAUCACUCGGCUAAUAUUCGGAACGUAAUUGAGGUCCUUUUUAAGGAACUCUAUUAAUGAUGUACAGUGUUGUAUAGAUGGUUAAACGAACGUUCUUGUCAAAGAAGUUACGAUACGAUAUGUUGGUCGCGUGGAUAAACUGGCCUCGUACAGAUUUGAAAAGCUUUUGUUCGCUGCAUCUGUUUUAUUUAUCAAUUAGAAUAUAUUUUAUUAUCAUAAAUCUAAGAAAAAGAACUUACGUAAUCAUCUCUUAAAAAUUUAGAAGUUUAUGAAAUAAAAUACUUAAAUCUGAAGACAUUAUGUAUAGUCUUUGUCUUAAGUUCUUAUUAUUUUCUUGGUAUAGUUUCUACAGUGCAGUGGAUAAAGCUUUGUAAAUGCCAUAAGAGAGUUAUUACAAGAAUCCAUUAAUGUUACUAAAAUGAUUAAAUUCGAAGUACAACGCUUCGACAUAAGCUGUAAAUAGGCUGUAUUUUUUCGAAAAUAUUGAUCGUCAAUAGUGAAGAUAGAAAGGCGUAUGAGGGUGCACGAGAAGGCAGCGUGUACGUCAAAGAAUUCACUAUUUAUGCAUCCAUUUGUAGUGUGUAUAAAAUUCAUAUUCUAAAUCGAUCGAAGUGAGUAGAGAUAACAAUUGCAGACUUAGAGAAGGUACAAACCGCUCGGUCUUGUGUGCGUUUCACAUUAGGAUAUUGUGCCAAAUCCAGCAUUUCGUUUUUUUUUCGGCGUAUAUGCAGAACAUUUGCGGAUCGAAGCAAACUUCGGUCAGCUAGGAAUCAAGUCGCAAGAGCAGGUAUAUUUUCACGCUGUUCGUUACCUCUAUUCACUGUGAUUGCAAAUUAAUUCUUGUCACACGACCGAAAAUUUGCGGAAUUUAAGAUUGACACCAAUUAACGGCGUAAUUUAAUUACAAAGAUUUAACAAUUUGUCGUAUUCGAGGUUUUAGCAUAGCAAACGGAAAGAAUUCACACGUGGUCGUUGUAAUAAGAAACUCAUUCGAAAUCUCAUUUUUGUUUCACGGAGCAAGUAACAGUGCUAGUUGUCUCGCACUGUUGGUUGCAUGACUGUCUUUCUGAGCAUUUAACUAAUAUAUUUGUACGAGAUUCGCUUGUUUUUACCCUUCUCUCUUUUUUUUUAAAGAGUUUAUAAGCCUCUGCUUGUAUUACGUUAGUAUUCUUUCAUACUUGUGUGUUGCGGAGUUAAAUUAAAUUAGCAAUGAAUAUCGCAUACUUCCAUUUUUUUAUAGUACUUUACUUCUUACCGUUUUAAGUACGAGAGGAUAACUUGCAACGCGAAAACUUCACAAGUUUUGUAUACAUUAUUAGCGCAAGGUAACGAUAGUGCAUAAAGUUCCAGUGCAUUCUGAUUCAUGUGCGCGUAAAACGUGUUUAUAUUAACAAACCGGUCUUUUUCUUCUUAAAACUUUCAUGAUUAUACGAGAAUAGGGAGUCAUAAGAUCAUACACAAACAUGUACUAGAUAUGUCUUCUAUAAAUAUGUUAACUUGUGUUAUAAUAUGAUAACGAAGCUUCUUUUUUUUAUUGUGGUGUAAUGCACGUGUGUGUAUAUACAUACAGACAUACAUGGCGUAUAUACAUAUAUGUAUGGCUUUGUAUUUAUAUAAUUGGUGCAUAUUUGAGCAGGCGAAUUAUAAACGGACGGAUUUGUUAUUACUUGAACUAGCGCAAGUACAAUGCAUUUUAUUAUGACAUUUUAAUACUCAUAACUCAUUGUCUUUAUAUCGUUUAAAAUAUUGAUUUAUAUAAAGACAGUGGCCAGGAGAGACGAUAUAUAUAUACAUACAUAUAUAUAUAUUAUAAAUUAGAAUCGCUCCCUUUUAAGCGCAUUCUAUCUCAAAUAUAUUUUUCGUACCAAAGAAAGCUCUAUAGAUAUGAAUAAAAUCGUUAUUGCGCACGUAGAAGACUAGAUAGCACUCAACACAAUCAAUUAAUUAUUAUAUAACGAUUAGUAAUAAAGUUCUAAUUAUUGGCUGCGUUUUUAAGAAAUGAUUUUUCGUCGACGGUAAUAUAGAUCUGAUUAUUAUUUAUUGUCGAAUUUACUUUUUUUUUAUACAAACAGCUUUUCUACUCGAGUAGCGUGAGAAGUGAUCUCGUUUAAGAGAUAAUUAUGACUCUUCUCUUAUGAGCGCCAAAAAAGAGAUAAGCAUAUUUUAUUAAAAUAUAUUUUAUUAGAUAUAUAUUAUAUUGCGAAAUACUUUUUAUCGUAUAUAAUUUAUAUAAACUAAUGAGCGUGUCUGGUUCUUUCGUUGCCACGAUACCUGCAAUCACUUAUUUUUUACGGUUUUGAUAGUUAAAAUUCUGUCUGUAUCGAAAAUUUAUUAAGACCUACAGAGAGCCACCGCUCUUUCGUAUUCAAUGAUUUCGGCAACAAAAGGAUCGAGAAUGCAGCGCAAGAGUUCGAAAAUAUUGUUCGUCUAGGAUAAAUUUUUGCGUCGAUAAAAAAACAAAAUAGGAGUCUCUGUUGUUAGGAAUAUCGUUUGAAUUCGCGAUACUUUCAACGUGUAAAUAUCCGAUGCCUUCGGUGUUGAUUUUAAAUUAUCAGGACGACGGUCCACCGGCGCUCAUACAUAGGUAUAUAUACGUUUUUCUUUUUCCGUUCCUGGGUUGUACUUGAAAAUUUUACCAUCGAGGGGGAAGGACCGCUCUCGGAGAGUACAUAAAAUUUUCAAACGAUUCUCCAUCGAGACUCUAUCUGAAAAAUAAAACUCUCGAACGAACGAACGUUGAGAGUCGCUCUUUCAAUUCCACGCCAGCUGGAUAUUAUCACUGUCGAGAGUCGCCCUCGGAGGAUAAAGCUCUCAAGCGUACGACCCUGGCUUCGAAUUUUUGUCUGUCGCGUUUGUUGUACACCGUAACACUGCCAAUAUAAUAUUCCUCCUCCUUCAUUGAUCUACAAUAUGCUUCGUCUUCGACCCCGAGACGACGGUCGGUCUCUCCCCAUCCUCUCCCUCGCGCCGAUCGAUCUCUGCGACUGAUAACACGUGCGAACCAUCGAUAUUCCGCAUUCUCUUCUUAUCUCUCUCUUUCCAACGAAAAUCGCGCACCAUUGUUGUUCGCGAUCGCGACGGGACCAGCGUUGUUCAUCGCUCUUAAGAGACUCUCUCGGAAAGGCUCAAAUAAUCUAUAAAAAUAGAACAGCAUAAUACGAUGCACAUAUUCACUCGUCUAAUCUUUAUUUAUCUAACACGUUCAAGGAAAAAGCUUGAAGAACAUUAUAAGGAAUCUUCUAUCGUUUUUCUUCUUGCAAAAGAAUUUUCCAGAUUCAAUGGAAAAUGUAUUAGUAUAUACAAUUAAAUUGUGUGUACUAUUUAUAUACAUGACUUUAUAUAUAUUUAUAUUAUAU